GGCUACGCCGUCGGCAGGAGGGUUACGUUAUCGCAACUAAGCUUUUUCAUUCAUUAUCGUUUAAUUGAUACUUGUAAUGUUAUCGUGACUGCACAACUGGGGCGCUUUGAACAAAGACUAGUCUUUGCCUUGCACCUAAAAAUAGAAUUUGGAAAUUCCAAGCCUUCCUAAUGUUUUAAAAUGACAAGCCUCAAAUCAGACCUUUUGUAAAGCUUCUUCCCUGUAAAUUGCAGACUAAAGUCAAGUUAAUCCAUACACCUAUCUUCGUGAAUCUAUAAUGUCAACCACAUUUGCUCAUGAAAUAAAGAGCCAAACACAUCGAGUUUUUCAAAGGAAGGAAUAAUACUAUAGCUACAGAGAGCCGACCAUUACGCGAGGGUAUUAUGGUGUAGGGCACUUCGUGGACUAAAGCCAACGGAAGCAAAGACAAGUUGCCAGACAUGGGCGAGGAUUUCCCAGUUGAGAUCCUUUCCAAUCGGCUCGGUGAGGCCUGGCCGUCCCUUGCCACCCAGCUUGGUUUCGAUGACGCUGAAUGUCAAAGCAUUAUUGUAGCACAUAAGGGUCGAAUCAGCAGGCAAGCUCACUACAUGCUGCAAGCCUGGAUUGAAAGACAUGGUGGUACUCUCAAGAUGUCAACCUUGAUUGAAGCCUUGAAGGAGAUAAGACGACCAGAUUUGCUGAGGGAUCUUGGUGUGGAAAUUCUGGACAAUGAGACCAUAAAAAAGGUAGCACAAAAAGUCGGAACAUCGUGGCCAGAGCUGGCUCUCUACCUCGGCUUCGACAUUGAGGACUGCCUGAAUAUUCAGAAAAGCUUCCCGAGCGAGGGGGAGCAGGCACGUCAGAUGCUGGCCAACUGGAGGUUGAAGUUCAACGGGGCUAAUCCCCUAGAGACCCUGUCAAAAGCUCUCCAAGCAGUGAACGUUGAACUUGCUAAUGAACUUGGGACGUUGCAAAGAAUUCCACCAUGCACUACUUUGAAUUGCGGCAACAGCGAUCCCGUUAAGUUUAGACGUUACUUCUCACAAGAUGGUCAGUCUCAACUCCUAGGGAUCUGCUGUACCAUGUGUGGUCAGGAGUGGCUCAAAGAUAGAUUCCUGUUCCAUCCUGACACUGACAAGACACGUCCGAGGAUCAGACUUUAUGGAGUUGUCCUCAAGAAACAGGUCAUGGUAAGCAUGGAAAUGAAUCCAGCAUUUCAGGUCAAGAGUUCACGUAGGAAAAUCGACUUAGCUUAUGCUUUAGAUGUCCUGAAGGUAGGCGAUCACAUCACCUGGCAACGACCAUACAUCAUUUGGCAUCAUGCAAUAGUAUCCGGUGUAGAUAAAGGGAACGGGCGUCUUAAGGUACUCCACUGGACCAAGAUGAGAUGGUCAUGCGGUACAACGCAGAUAAUGGAAGAAGAUAUAAGUUUAGGUGACCAAUGGGGUGCAAAUGAACUGUAUCAAAUCAAGUACGGGCAAGAGAUGACUAAGACUAACCCCGUAGAGCUUGUCAUUGCCCGUGCCAAAUCCAGAUUAGGGGACACCGGGUACGAGCUUUUAGGUGACAACUGCGAGGCAUUUGCUUCCUAUUGUAAAAGUGGAGUCGUGGAGAGCUGCCAGGCCGUGUGGUUCUACAACAAGGUCAAAACGAUCGUUGAGGAAACGCUUGUAAAUGCUUUAAAGAGUGUUGUCAAGGGUGGUUGUGUUGUUGCUAAAGAGUAUGUCAAGGCUGGUUCCAAAGCAUUCUUGCAGCAGGUCGAGACUGUUUCAAUAGAAGAGGGUUUGAAGGCUGCGGGAGAAGUUGGUGGUGCAGAGUUGUUUGAGAGGCUUUGCAAGGGCACUGAUGUCGUAGGAGCUGGUAUCGUGAUUGUCUUUGAAGGUGUCGCUUGUGUCUGGAAUCUUGGGGAGUAUUACCAAAAAAGAGAGAAAGGUGACUUGUCAAGGAGCGAGUUCGUGAAAACUGCUACACAGCGUGUGGCAGAAGCAUUAUGCGGAGCUGGCCUGGCCAUUUCGUUGGGCUUAGGAGGGCAGGCGGCAGGGGCUGGAAUGGGGGCCGUGGCAGGUACGUUGAUUUUACCUGGGCUAGGAACGGCAAUUGGUGGGUUCAUUGGAGGCAUUGUUGGUGGUGUAGUUACGGGCGUAAUUGGUUCUCUUGUCGGAAGAGCCUUUGGCUCAUUCAUAGGUGCACCCAUCGGCCGUUGUCUCGCCAGACAAAUAGGUACGGACGACAGUGCAGUGCGAAUUGAAGAGCUGCUACCGGGGGACCAAAUUGUUUCUUACGGCAACUUACUUCAUCCACGGCAUCAUGCCAUAGUCGUCUCCCGCACUCGAGACCAGAGUAAAGUCAGGGUUGUCCACAGUACGUACGGCAAUGGUGUGAUUGAAGAGGAGGUUGAUUUUAUCGAACCCGUGUAUAAAGUGAUCUAUCAUGAACAGAACUGUUUCCCACCUGAGAAGGUGAUCGAGAGAGCCAGAUCCAAGAUCGUGGAUGAUGCAUACACGUACUCCUUGGUAUGGAAUAACUGCAAGCAUUUUGCCCAAUGGUGCAAGCUGAAGGAGUAACAAUUAUUAUAACGUUUCGUCCAUAACCGACAGCCAUGAGUUUAAUGCGUCUAUCGCUGGUUUUAUCUCCAACAGUACAACUACAAUCAAUUUAUUGAACUGAAACUUUUAUGAUUACUCUGGCCUUUUUAUUCAGUAAAGAAAAUGUUCAACAGUUUGAACAAUGAUAUCUAACAAAAAACAGCAUUAAAUAAUAAACUGCGCCAAUAAAGUAUCUAAACACUUACAAAUGGUCAGAUUUAUCGGAACCUGAAAUAGUUU